CCCCCGCUCACGCAGACCGGCGCCAUGGCGGAGCAGCCCGCAGCGCCCGCGCCGGCCCCGGCCCCGGCUCCGGCUCCAGCGCCGGCCGAGCCUGAGCCCGAGCCCCCCGCCGCCACCGCCGCGCCCGAGCCCCCCGCCGCCGGCUCGCAGCGCCUGCUCUUCUCGCACGACCUGGUGUCGGGGCGCUACCGGGGCGCCGUGCGCUUCGGCCUGGUGCGGCUCAUCCACGGCGAGGACUCGGACUCUGAGGAGGACGAGGGCGGCCGCGGCGCCGGCGCCGGCGCCGGCAGCUCGGGCGGCUCCGAGUCGGGCGCGCCCGGGGCCGGCGGCGCGGACGAGAGCCGAGCCAGCCCCCUGCGCCGCGGCUACGUGCGGGUGCAGUGGUACCCCGAGGGCGUCAAGCAGCACGUCAAGGAGACCAAGCUGAAGCUUGAGGAUCGCUCUGUGGUCCCUCGGGAUGUGGUCAGACACAUGAGCUCAAGUGACAGCCAGUGUGGGACAGUCAUCGAUGUAAACAUAGAGUGUGCUGUGAAGCUGGUAGGAACCAACUGCAUCCUCUAUCCUGUCAACAGCAAAGACCUGCAGCAUAUCUGGCCAUUCAUGUAUGGUGACUACAUCGCUUAUGACUGUUGGCUGGGCAAGGUCUACGAUUUAAAGAACCAGGUCAUCCUGAAGCUCUCCAAUGGAGCCAGAUGUUCUAUGAGCACAGAAGAUGGAGCAAAGCUGUAUGACGUCUGUCCUCAUGUCAGCGACUCGGGUCUUUUCUUUGAUGAUUCAUAUGGCUUUUAUCCUGGGCAAGUUCUCAUUGGACCCUCAAAAGUCUUUUCCAGUGUGCAAUGGCUCUCGGGAGUGAAGCCUGUCCUGAGCACGAAGAGCAAGUUCAGAGUGGUGGUGGAAGAGGUACAAGUUGUGGAACUAAAGGUUACUUGGAUCACUAAGAGCUUCUGUCCUGGAGGUAAUGACAGCGUAAGCCCCCCACCAUCUGUAAUCACGCAGGAGAAUUUAUCCAGGGUAAAGCGUCUGGGAUGUUUUGACCAUGCACAGAGGCAGCUUGGAGAAAGAUGUCUCUAUGUAUUUCCUGACAAGGUGGAACCUGCAAAAAUCACCUGCGAAUGCCCAGAGAGAAAUUGUGUUCUAGGAGAAGGGUCCGUCGCCAAGAAGGUGAGGAGGCUGUUGAAGAAGCAGAUAGUGAAGAUCAUGUCCUGCUCACCAGAUUCUCAGGCUACUGGUGAACCACCUGACCCAGAGUCUUCAGCUGCUGCUGACCAGAAAUCAGAAGAGCUUAAAACCAGACCCAAAUGUGAAGUAGAGGACUCUAGCAAUGGCACACUAAACACAGGGGCUUUAAAGGAAGUGCAGUCUGAAGAGAUGAGGAAGGAGAUGACUGAAGCCACUGGGAGACAGCAGCAGCCCCCAUUCCUGCUGAAAGAGGAUGGAUCAUCCAACUACAGGCUCCAGUCCAUGGAGCAAGAUGCUGAUGAUGAGGCAGCCGAUGACACUGAUGACACCAGCUCUGUAACUUCUUCUGCUAGCUCCACAGCUUCUUCCCAGAGCGGCAGCGGCACAGGGCGCAAGAAGAGCAUUCCCCUCUCCAUCAAAAACUUGAAGCGGAAGCACAAGAAGAAGAAGACUAAGAUCUCCAGGGAGUUUAAACCAGGAGACAGAGUUGCUGUAGAAGUGGUGACGACAAUGACAUCGGCUGACGUGAUGUGGCAGGAUGGCACUGUGGAGACGAACAUCCGCUCCAACGAGCUGAUUCCCGUCCAUCAUUUGGACAACAAUGAGUUUUGCCCUGGGGAUUUCGUGGUGGAUAAGAGAGCUCAGAGCUCCCAGGACCCUGGUGUGUAUGGAGUGGUGCAGUCUGGGGAUCACAUUGGCCGCACCUGCAUGGUAAAAUGGUUCAAGCUGAAGCCCACUGGAGAUGACGUAGAGCUGAUCGGCGAGGAGGAGGAUGUGAGUGUGUAUGACAUUGCUGACCACCCUGAUUUCCGCUUCCGCACCACCGACACUGUGAUUCGCAUUGGCAAUUCGGAGGGAGCUUUGGCCAAGGAUGACGAACCAUCCGUGGGACAGGUGGCUCGUGUUGAUGUGAGCAGUAAAGUGGAAGUAAUCUGGGCUGAUAACUCCAAGACCAUCAUUCUUCCUCAGCACUUGUACAACAUAGAAUCAGAGAUUGAAGAAUCGGACUAUGAUUCUGUGGAUGGCAGCACCAGCGGGGCAUCCUCAGAUGAAUGGGAGGAUGAAAGUGAUAGUUGGGAGACAGACAACGGCCUCAUGGAAGAUGACCACCCAAAAAUCGAGGAAGUAGAGCCAGAAGAGCCAAUAGCAGAAGAGGUAAAAAAAAUAGAGGAGCAAGUACAGGGUGCUGUGGCGAUGGCAGUGCCAGAUCUAACUGCAGAGAAGGUCGGAAAAGAAGGAGCUCCAAAGAGCUUCCGGGAGUUGAAAGAGGCCAUCAAGAUCUUGGAGAGCCUAAAGAACAUGACCGUAGAGCAGCUGCUGACUGGUUCUCCCACCUCCCCAACUGUGGAGCCCGAAAAACCCACACGGGAGAAGAAGUUCUUGGACGACAUCAAAAAGCUUCAGGAAAAUCUGAAGAAGACCCUGGAUAACGUUGCCAUUGUGGAAGAGGAAAAGAUGGAAGCCAUGGUGGAGACAGAGAAGAAGGAAGAAAAAGUGGAGGCGCAGGCACUGGUGAGGUCUGAGUGGCCCAGUGAGACGCCAGUGUUGUGCCAGCAGAGUGGAGGCAAGCCUGGCGUCACCUUUACCAGUGCCAAAGGGGAGGUCUUCUCUGUGCUGGAGUGUGCCCCAGACACUCACGCCUUUAAGAAAAUGGAAUUCCAGCCCCCAGAAGCCAAGAAGUUCUUCAGCACAGUGAGGAAAGAAAUGGCGCUGCUAGCAACCUCGCUGCCCGAUGGCAUCAUGGUCAAGACAUUUGAAGACAGAAUGGAUCUCUUCUCAGCACUUAUCAAGGGGCCCACACGCACACCCUAUGAAGACGGCCUCUUCCUUUUUGAUAUCCAACUUCCCAACAUCUACCCUGCGGUCCCUCCUCUCUUCCGCUACCUCUCCCAGUGCAGUGGGAGACUGAACCCCAACCUGUAUGACAACGGCAAGGUGUGCGUCAGCCUUCUGGGGACGUGGAUAGGCAAGGGAACAGAGAGGUGGACCAGCAAAUCCAGCCUUCUGCAGGUGCUCAUUUCCAUUCAAGGGCUGAUCCUAGUGAAUGAACCUUAUUACAAUGAGGCCGGGUUCGACAGUGACCGGGGCCUGCAGGAGGGCUACGAGAACAGCCGCUGCUACAACGAGAUGGCCCUGAUCCGUGUGGUGCAGUCCAUGAUGCAGCUACUGCGCAGGCCCGUGGAGGUCUUUGAGCACGAGAUCCGUGAGCACUUCUGCUGCAAUGGCUGGCGCCUGGUCAGCCGGAUAGAGUCCUGGUUGGAGACCAACGAGCUGGUGGAGAGGAGCCAUGAACAAGCCAACGGAGCAGAUUCCUCCUCUCUCCUUUCUGCGUGCGGUGCCCUGGCUGAGAGCCCGGGAGGACCCAUGGAGUCGCUGGAUGAGUACGGUGGCCCUCUAGAACAGGGGGCAGCAGCGGCAGAGCUGUCCGACUCGGCGCUUGACGGGAGGGAGGAUCUGGAUGACUCGGGUUGUGGGGCCUCCACGCUCACAGCCGGUGACCUUCAUCAGUAUUCAGACUCGGAGAGCACAGGCCACACCCAAGAGGCAGCCCUGGCCAGAGACCUAACGGACGAAGGGAAAGCUGCCCAGGACUCUGCCUUGCAGCCAAGUGUGAAACCAAAGAAAAGGAGAAAGAGCUACAGGAGUUUCCUCCCUGAGAAGAGCGGUUACCCUGACAUCGGGUUCCCCCUCUUCCCCCUGUCCAAGGGGUUCAUCAAAAGUAUCCGUGGUGUCUUGCAGCAGUACCGGGCUGCCUUAGUAGAGGCCAAUAUUCCCGAGUGGAGAGAGGACAAAUAAACCAUCGGGUUAUGGACAGACGGGCACAGAGGAGAUGGGAAAGGCAGAAAGGAAAUGGAGCAGCCAUCGGUACACCAAUAAAUUGGCUUCUCUCACCUCAGCCUCUCUUCCUCAGCUGGUUUGCUAUCAUGAAGGUGAUAACCCCAUCACUCAUUCCUGGCACUUUCCUUCCUUCUCCCAGAGAAGGUUGUCUGAAUAGCUCUUCACCACCAUCCCCCGCACUGUCCACAGUCCCAAAGUAUAAGGAGCAGAGACUUUUCUGUUGCACCCAGCAAUCUGGAACUGCCCACCACUUCCUGAGCAUCUCUGUGUGCAGAGAGGGGGCUUUCUUUCCCCACCCACUAUACCCUGGGUGCUUUGUCUGCCAGUUUAGUUCUGCUUGGGGAUGGAGCCCAGGAGAUGCGAUUGGUAUGGCAUGCAGUGAUGAAAGGCAGUUUCCUCCCUGUCCACCAUUUUUUUUCCUGCACAGCUGGAUCUCAUGGUGGGUUCUUUGUUGGUUUUUUUUUUGUUUGUUUUUUUUUGUUUUGUUUUGUUUUUUUAAUAGCCUAUUCAAGCCUGAGAACAUGCAGACACUAGACUGUGGCUAAGUCAGUUUCCUACAUGCUACUGUGUUGCUUUCAUCUAUGCCUUCCUCGUAGUUCUUCACGGGAAAAUGGAUGGCUCACCCACUCUGGUACUUAUGAUUUAGAAACCGAGUGCUGUAUGAGCUGUUUGUUCUGCCCAGGACAAUACCCUGCCACUCCCUUUGGGUGUCUCUUCUGGAAGUAGGUUCAGCCGCCUCUGCUAUGUCCUGUUCUCUAGACUAGGAUGAAUUUCCACUCCCACUCCCUGCCCUGCCCCCCGCCAACACCUUGGAAACGUACAGGAUUCAGGUUCCUCCUGGCACUACUUAGCAAGGCAUCAGAGCCCUCGAGGUUGGCCCCCUGCCAUGUAUUCCUGCCUGCAUUGCUGUAUCUCUGGCCCAAUCGAUCAACUGCACAGAUAGAUCUAGGGCAUGUUGCAUCUCUAGCAGCUUUGGUGUGGCUGUAAAACCUGCUGCAGCCUUCCCUUGUCCAUUUUGACCGCUGCUGAUGGAUUUCCCCAGGCCAGUAGCUAUUUUUGAGCCUUAGAGCAACUAUAGAUCAUUGUGAAAUGACUCCAAGCCUGCUGCAGCAUUGGGAAAUGGGUCACACUAACACAGUACCUUUUGAACAAAUGCAGCUUUCAGCUUGGACCCUUGUGGGUCUCUAUUCCUGCUUCCUAACCAUGCAUUAACCCCACCAGCAGUUUCGUAUGAGGGUCUGGGUAAAGUGUGGGCAGUAGCAUGAACGAGAGAGAGCAUGUGCAUCCUUCAUUCCCUCUGCAGGGCUGCUGUGUAGCCAUAGAAAACUGCUGGCCAGACCUGUGCAUGCUUUAGCAGCAGAGAGGGGCUUCCACUGGCAAUCUCGUCCUUCAGAGGACAUGCAGUAACAGUGACAAAUGUCUGGGACUGUUGUUUCCAGGCUGUGGGCAUCUUACUCAGGACUUCUGCAGGCUGCCUCCUGCACACUGCUGGAGAACUUGAAUCCAGCCCCUACUGAAUUUGGCAGAUGUUCAGCCACCCACCUCCGUGCAGUGGGGAAACGCAUUCCCUGGGGGUACUAGUCCUGUAUGGAAGCUGGUCUUUCAGCCUAGGCAGUAAAAGUGAGGAUGAGGGCUCAGGGGAAAGUCGAACUCUCCUGACUAGCUCUCCAGCCCCUGCCGAAGCUGGUGGAUGGGCUGCUUGAUUCAAAGCAGGGUGUGACAGCUUCAUGGUCAACUCUCUGCUGUCUUUGUGGGCUCAGUGCCCCAGGGAGAAGCAGCGUUUUAUCCUUUUUGAAUAUUCAUAAGGAUGCCCCUGCUUCCAGUGUCUUUGAGAGCAGGAUUUGGCCCCUGAGUGUAGAGUGGGGCAGGGGGAACAUCAGUAGGAGUUCCUGGGGUAAUGCACUGGCCUUUUGCCACUCACUGGAGGAGUGUUGUUUUGGGCCUGCCCACGGACUCCCUACUCUCUGCCUUGAUGCUUCAGACCCUCCGUAUGAAUUGGCAAGCUUGCCCAGGAGAGCCGUGGGCCUGGAGCAGAGGGUUGUGGAGAGGUCGCGUGUUUGGAUUGAGCUGCAAAUGUAGCGUCGCAGGGUGACGGAGCACGUGCUGUGAGUGGCUUGCAGUAGAUCCAGAUAUGAAGCUAAUCAGCUUCUGUGAGCAAGAAAAUGGACUCCAAAGGAAGGAGAGGGCGUGAAGGGGGCGGGGGGAGGGAUGGGAACUGGAGGUGCCAUAUGGGCACGCGUGCAAGAAUUGGUGUAAGGCACCCAGUUCCACAAAUUGCCAGACAUGUUACUCACUGCAGCCGGCAGACAGUGACCUCCAGACACUCAUUUCCUUUGGUGCGUCACUGCAUUCCUCGCAUGGAUGUGGCCAUCUCUACUCCCUCGGAGCACGGGAGAGGGAGAGGCGGGAUAGACAAGCUGCUUAUUAGAAAGGCACAGCAGAAAACAAUCCAUUGAGUUGACCACGUGACCAGAAGGGGGGGGGGGGGAAGGGGGUCUCUGUCAUAUCCUGGCAUUUCCCAUCCACCCUCCCCUCUCCAUACAAUUAUUGCUCUCAUCUCAUUUGGGAGGGUGGAGGGACGUCAGGUUGCCUGUCGUCUUGGGGGAAGAUGGUGGGAGCAUCAGUGCCAGUCUCGGGCUGCUCAGGCUCCCCUACGAUUCCUCCCCGCUUCCACCAAGACAUCUGUUGCUGGGACUGUAAUCGAGAGCUUUGCACGGGCUCCUUGAAUUGCCAACCAGGAGAAAGAGUUCCCUUAUUGGCCUAGUAGGGACCUACUGCCCCCCUUAAGCAGCACCCUCUCCUCAGAGCUGUCUGCCCCCAGCUGAGGCCUGCACAGAGGUUUACAAGUUUUCUAAGCUUUUGAUAAUGUGAAGCUCCAAGUUACGAGGUUGCUGUUGAGCACACAGAAGCUAUGUAUUUUUUUUUUUGGUGUAUGUAUGUAAUAUUUAAGGGUUAAAAAAAAAAAAGCAUAACAUUUAAAAAAGGCAAAAACCUUUUAAAAAGAAGGAAAAAAAUUUAAAAAACAAAAAAAAAAAGCCAAAGCAUGAUGCAUAUUGUUAGCCUUAAAACUGGCUACACGACUGGGUGAUAUACAAAUAAGAACAGCCUGUAACUGUUUUAAGUGCUGGGGGGGAGGGGGGGUGGAAUUGCUGGAGAAUUAUGACAAAAUCAGUUUGUAGCCUUGAUUCUGUACAGUAUUUAAAAAUUACAAAAAAAUGGAACUGACAAUUAUUGACGCCAUGCUUAGAGGUGUGUUGUUCACGUGCAGAAGUGAAUGCUUGGGUGCUUACGAUAUAUGUAUAAAGUGCUGUGUGAUUUAUUCAACCUUUUUUUCUUUUCUUUUCUUUUUUUUUUUUUUUUACCUGCCAACCAUUUUUUGUUUGUUUGUUUGGCUAAUUCAGAUGUAAUAAAGGAGAAAAGGUGACUUGCCAUUAAAUUUUUGCCUCUGUGAAUA